UCUGGGGGCGCCUCGCAGCUGCUAUCGCCACAGCUAGCGGAUAAAAACAGUACUCCUCCCCUAUAAGAGAAGCAGCAGACGGCGAGGCGUUAUAUUUUUUGCCGGCCAUUUGCCUGAAUGUAUAAAGAAAAAGCACACGUUUUGACAUAACUAGAUUUUUUUUUUUUAUACAAGCCAUCCUGGUCACCAACCAUGUCCGACACUGCUGCUACACACAACAACAACGGAGACUACGGGCUCAACGGGUCCUGGGUGGAGUUAGAGAUGAACCGAGGCGCCGCAGAGUCAGCCCCGCCACCGGCCACAGUCGUCCCCUCUCCGGACCUGCUGCCCCUUCCCCAGGCGGAGGAGGAGGGAGAGGAGGGGGAGGAGGCCAUGGCGGGGGCGCUGGAGCACGUGCCGUCCUCGUCCUCCAUCCACAAUGGCGACAUGGAAAGGAUCCUGCUGGACGCCCAGCACGAGUCGAGCCGCAGCAACUCGUCCUGUGAUAGUCCUCCACGGCCCCACACUCCCCAGGAUGACGGGCAGAUCAUUUUCGAGGCGGACGUGACUGGCAGGAGAGACAGUCAGACAGAAGAGGAUGUCUUGGACAAGGAGAGAGACAUGGACAUCUUGAUGAAGGACGCAGAUUGGGUUGCUGACUGGUCCAGUCGACCGGAAAACAUUCCUCCUAAGGAGUUUCAUUUCUGUCACCCACGCCGCUCUGUGACGCUGAGCAUGAGGAAGACUGGUGCCAUGAAGAAAGGAGGCUUCUUCUCUGCCGACUUUCUCAAAGUCUUCAUCCCGUCGCUCCUGCUCUCACACAUCCUCGCCCUGGGACUCGGAGUGUACAUCGGCAAGAGGCUGACCACGCCUCCCACCAGCUCCUUCUGAAGCCCAGCCUGAAGAAAAGUGCCUGAGAAGUGGCCUGGAACCAUGACGGAGAAGAGUUUUUUCCUCCCGCUACCCUGCUUGCCUCCUCUUCCUCCUGGCUGAGAUAUGACAUGUUCUCAGUAAUGUAUCCUCCUCCUCCUCAUCCUCCUUUUCUGGACUGGCUUUUCUGAGUGUACAGGUUCUACCUUUACAUCCACUCAUCUGUCAAGGCUUUUCAAAGAGUGCCUAAAGGCCUUUUUUCUCUCUCUUUCUCCACUUUAGUGAGGAUCACACUUUAAUUCAAGUGAUAAGAUCCACUCUAGGUAAAAAAUGAAAGUGUCAACACGCCUUUAUGGGGGUAGUAGCCCCUUUGCUCUUUCUUUGCUGUUCUUUUCUUCUCAUGUUUAUGUAUUUUACAGCAGUCACUGUUAGGUUUACCGUAGUGGCCAUCCCUUAUUGAAGAAACAAAAGAGGUGAAGGAUUGUUGUUUGCAGAAAGACGGGUGUUGUUGAUGCACACGCAGUAUUUCAGUGUUGAGGAGUCCAGACAGGUCGACGUUCUUUUAGUGCAAGUUGAGCCGCUUUGUUCGUCUGCGACAUAUCAGAGUUAUAAUUCUCAUUUUUACCCUUUUCUGGCAAUUUUAGGUUCCGUUAGGUCAGGGGUCGGCAACCCGCGGCUCUUUGAUCACUCUGAUGCGGCUCAGCAGCUUACUUGCUGAACCCCCCCCAAUUUUCCCGUGAAACUUCCGGAUUUCAGUGCCUCUCGCAGAAAACUCCCGGGAUUAAUAUUCACCGAUUUUCACCCUUACAGCUAUAAUAAGGGCGUGCCAUGAUGGUACAACAUUUGGCGCUCUCUACAAUCUGUAUUAAC